CUUUACUCUACUCUCAGCCAAGGCCACACACUUACGAAGUCACCUCAUCAUCCAUCACUCAUACAAGUCAUCAUGUCUACUCCUGUCGGCACGGAUGCUGAGGGCCAGGUGAAGUUCCUCGUGAACUGCAUCCGCUUUUCCAACAACGGAAGAGUCGACUUUGAAGCCGUUGCCACUGAGUGCAACAUCGCCUCGAAGGGUGCAGCUGCCAAGCGAUUCUCUCGCCUGCUUCAGCAGCAUGGCAUGAAGGCUAGUGAUCUGGCCAAGCCCGGACCUGCUAGCACCGCGUCUCCUGCCCAGACUCCCACCGGAGGAACCCCGAAGACUCCCGCCAAAAGCGCCACCAAGGCAACCCCGAAGACCAAGUCUGCCGGAAAGCGCACCGCCGCCGCGGCUUCGCCCAGCACCAACACCAAGCGCGCCAAGCUUGCUGCCUCGCACCCCGCUGUCUCGUCCUACAAUGACGAAGACGAUGAGGAGGACCAAGAGGAGUUCAAGGUCAAGAAGGAGGAGUCCCACUCCGCUUCCGCCGCUACCGGUUCGUACUACGAAAACCCCCGAGGCCGCGAUCGCGACGACGACGACUUGCAACUUCUCUACGUGGUAGAGAAGACGACCGGUUGCCCCGUCCACGAUACCGCCGAAUGCCGAGGUCCCCAAUCCGUUUCCGUCGCGAGUGAUACUAACACCGACUCUUCGAUACAGAUGCUGCCGCCGGCGACGACCAAUUUCAAGUUUAACCUACCUCAGGCGCCAUUUUGCCACCAUGGUUGGGGAUUCAUGCUGCCAGAUGCGUCAUUACAACCGUGGCAAGAAACGUGCACACAUGGAGAUGGGAAUGCGGCUCAUUUGGUUGACACAUGGGAGUUUCCCAAGACAACAGCAUCUCCCGAAGAUCCUCGCACAAUUGUCGAAGACCACAGGCUUCUUCAGCAACUACGCGAUGUCCGCGGCAACCCCUCCAACCCUCCACCCAAACAAUACAACCUACUUAGAAUCGAAAUCGCGCGGCGCAUCAACAGUCGCGAUGAAGCCGAAGGAGGCUCAACCAAACUGGAAGAGAUGGACAACCGAGUUCAAAGUUGGAUGGGCUCAAUCAACAAGGAAGCUCGAAUGCUGGAAAUUACGCAGGCGGCACUGCAGCGCAAGGGCAUCAGCAACCCUACACAAGCCGACCUGGACGCCAUCGCGGAGGAGUUCAUGCAGAUCGCCGAGCGGACGCUGCUUGACGUCGCCAAUCCCCUGCGCAUGAACGCCACUCGCAUGGAAGGCAACAUCAGUCGCUUCGACAACCAGCUCAGCGGUUUUGAUGGAGCAAUGACAGCACAGCUCAACGGUCUUUCUGAUCUCAACAGCGCCGUCAACAACACAAUGAGUGCUCAAGUCAACACACUCAACACCGUCUUGACAAAUCUUCAAAACAACAUGAGCAAAGCCGUUGGAGCUUCAGCAGAAGCAAUGAAUGCUUCGACAAAUGCGAUGAGCAACGCCAUGACAUCACAACUCGGCACCCUCAACACCAUGCUGUCGACUCAAAGCAGCACAUUUGACAGCUCGCUGAACAUGCUCAACACAUCUUUGAACACUGUCACGUCCGACUUACACCAAUUGACGGCAAACUUGCCCAACAUCAUCGCCGCAGCAGCGCAAGCGGCAGUUCAACAGCAACUAGCGAACGCAUCACAUCAGAAUGCCUUUCCGCAACAACAUCACGCCGCCACAGAAGCGCCGCCCAGCUAUAUCAGGAAUGCUGCCACGAUACAUUUCCCACCGACACCCACCACUCCUCUUCCAGUGUAUUAUCACACCACCCAGGAAACAAAUCAAGACAUCAUUCAACAGGACGACAAGAGGGAAAAGUCGGAAGGAAGGGAUAUUGGCCUGAGUUUCAACACCGGCUGCUCGGGGAGGCAGAUCUGCGGCGGAUAA